UCUCUUCCAUUAGUGGGAGUAUUCAAAUGUUGGGGAAAGGUAGUAAGAUGCUCAAAGUGAUUUGUACAUCAACUGGUGGUAGACCACUGACAAUGUCUAUCACUGGACCAUCUGGUUAUGUGGAGAACAUGACUAAAUUGUUAACGUCAGUGACAUUAAGGGAGUGGGUAAGGACAAUUUUUCAGCUGAAGUGAACUGGAAAAAAGGAACUCAUGGAGAUAUGUAUGUGUGUUUUGCAUCUAACGGAGUGUCUAAUGUUUCAGAUGUUGUUUCAUUGAAAGUUGCUGGGAGUCCAACUCUACUGUUAGUAGUACAGACAUCAGCUACAUCAGUGAUAGUGGAGUGGAGUCAGCCAUCAGGAGGAGCCACAGUGACUGGAUAUGUAGUACACUACAGUCAUGGAGAGAGUAACAUGACUGAGAGAGUACCUGCAUCCUUCACUAGUCACAGUAUCACAAACCUAACUAGAUGUUCUAACUACACAUUCACAGUUGAAGCUACUUCAGAGCACAUCUCUGGAAUAUCAAGAACAUUUGCACUUUCAGGUGAAUGCAUGGUUUUGCUAAUACUUUUAUGUAAUUUUCUGUUGACAGGUACAUCAGACCUAUCAGUGAAUGUCACAGCUGAAGCAGUGAGUUCAACAGUCAUCUCAGUCCAAUGGGACCACCUGAGAGCCUGCGGUCCAGUCAGUCAUCUGUCUGUUAAAUUCUCAGUGAAGUACACUGCAGUGUUCAGUGCUGUCUCUGAACGUAUAAACCAAACUGGAGAAUUAAUUGUAACAUCAACUGAGGCAAUGCUGACGUGACUCACUCCAUACACCAAAUACUCCAUUACAGUAGCUGUAGUGAAUGAGAUGGGAAACAUGGGACCAUACAGUUACCCCACCACUAACAGAACUUUGGAAGAUGGUAGCUAAUGUCUAACAUACUAUUAUCAGUGCCUUUCUUAUAGUACUGUUUUAGUUCCUGGUCCAGUAGGUGCAGUCAAGGCAUCUCCAUCCCUGUCUCAAGUAACCCUGACAUGGGAGCCACCACUGAUGCCUAAUGGAAUAAUCAUAGCAUAUGAGGUUUCCUACAGACAAACAGCUUCCUCAGAGCCUGAGACUAGAGUGAACUCCUCUGCUCUGGCCACUAAUUUCACCACAGAGAGCAACCUUGAGGAGGCCACUGAAUUCAUCUUCUCUGUGAGAGCCUACACCAGAGUGGGACCUGGAAAUGCCUCCUAUCUUACUGUGGCUACAUUAGGUGCUGAGUCAAUUCCAACUUUAAUCAAGACUGCUGCUAUACUUGGAAUGCGCAAGUGGUGCAGCAUUAAUUGGAAUCAUUAUAUUUGGAAUUUGUAUUGCCUGGGCUAGCGAACAUCUUUCGUGCAAUGUUUUUGGAUAAUCCCUUUUAGAUCACAUCACAGAGCCAAGCCAAGAACAACCCCCCAUAGUCUGCAU